UCACUUUGAGGCUAGGCCCUGAACUCCUCACCCUACUUGGCCCACAAAUGUGUAUUCGCAAUAGUGCGUUCUCUUUUCCUCGUAUUGGCUUUGGUCUUCUGUUCUGCUCUUCUGUAUCAUCGACAGCCGUUUUCGAUUCAACCAGUCGUGUAUGUACACGGUGAUUUAACGCGCAUGCGCGGUUUUGAAAAGCAAUAUUUCUGCGGAUAUAUAUUAAAAUGUCGUCAAGAUCAACUCAUUACCGAAAGCGCCGUCGUUUUCUGGAAGAGGCAGAGCGUGAAUUCGAAGCUAAAUACAAUCGUUUGGAGGCUUCUGGAUCCUUUUCCCGUAUUGUGUAUUGUGUAUUGUGAGUGUUAAAGUGCAGUGGAAAACCAUUCGUGAUCGCAUUGGAAACCAACGCGGAACCAGUGGCGGAUUGCUUAUACGAGGCCAUUAGAGAAAUGAAAAUCGGGGCCCUAAGAAAGCCAUACGGGGGGCCCUAUCAAUUUGGAAUAUGUGUGAAUCCAGCAAGUAAGGGAACUCGGAACCCCAGCAGCUAAUUAGUACGCGUAUCGUGAAACGGGCCGAGUAAAUCCGAUACUGAUAUCCAUCCAUUUUGUAUCAAAAUAACCGAACGCUACCGUGCCGGAGUAAACCAAUUUGACAAUAAACCUUGCCUAUACAAAAAAUGUUUCAUGUGAACUAGACCAUCGUCUAUUUCGGAGCCGUCCAAAACCAAACCGAUAUCACUAACACAUGCAUACAAUAUGGCUGCACGUGCUCACUCACACAUUCUCACAGCCCGGUCCUAAUUUCAGGGGAUAUGACACAAAAUUAGGGGCUCUCAGUCGUUUUAGAUCACUUUUUGUCUGGGGGGAGCAGCCACGGUUGGAGAAAUGCAGCCAUGUCUCUAGGACGUGCUCGACCCUCAACAGGCCAAUAAGAAACAUCAGAAGAAGUAUAAUUGUAGCUAAGUAUAAGUCUCCUAAGGGUAGGAUCACCCCUCAUUAACUAGAUCCAGGAAAAAAAACCUGGAUCUACCAUGCCCCAGGGAGUUCCUGGAUCGUAACACCAAGAGAAAAUCACAUUACCCGUUAUUGAUUAAUAAUUUGACGCCUGUCAUUUCCUAUCAUACGGUGAGAGGUAGUUUAUGGUAGGCUUAAUCUUUAUUUAUGUUGAUUCCGAACUGACCUUAUUAUAAUAAAAAACGCAUGGGAUUUUUCUCUUAUCACAUCAUUAAAAUCCAUCCACCCUGAAGCAAUCCCUGUUCCGCAAGAGAUACGUACAUGCUUCAUACUAUUAUCAUACCGCUUGUGGCUGGGAACACCCGAAUGUGUGGUAACAAUCUUCUUCUUGGCGAUAACGAAUCUACUCUGCCAAAGCAUCAUAUGAUCACAUUUAUAAAGUAGCAGUCACAGUGCGAACGAAUCACUAGUCUGGUGUGGUUCCUCUGUUGCGCUGCGGUUAGACAAAAUGGGCAUCUGGUACAUAGUGUUUGCGUGCGUGAUAGUCGGAGUGGUGGCAAACGAUAACGCUCUGCCUAUCAAUCAAAUCUAUUCCUUGGAAGCGGCCUUAACGCUGGCUGAAUCAAAGAUACUGGAGCGAAUAGAGCGUCUGAGUGAUAAAAUGAAUGCGUUUAACGAUCGUGUCGAUCAAAUGAAAAGUGACAUCAGCAGUAUGCAGCUUGAGCUAAGUACGACGAAAGCUGCAUCCCGUACGACCAUUUCGGCCUGUAUGGAUAAAAAUUUCAACUCAGUGCAAAUGAAAACGAACGAAAUGCUCAACACCACACAAACCCUGCUGGGGAAGCUUUCCGAUCAGUUGCAGCACCUUACAGCAUCGAGCAAACAGCGAAUGAUCAAUGUAGAGCACCAGCUGGAACGGUUGCCACCAGCCACGAGUGUGUACUUCAUGAAGCCCGAUUCUAGGUUCCCGCUAAACUUUACAGUGUCCCACGACUGGACCAACAACCAUGGGUUCGGUGAUAACUGGAUCGUGUUCCAGCGACGAUCGAACGGUUCGCUUAAUUUCAAUCGCAACUGGACCGAGUACCGGGACGGGUUCGGGGAUGUGCGCGGUGACCACUGGCUGGGGCUGGACAAGCUGCACGCGAUCGUACAGAUGCGGCAGCACGAGCUACUGAUCGUGCUGGAAGAUUUCGACGGUGUGAUCGCGUACGCCCAUUACGAUGACUUUAGGAUUGGAAACGAGACGGAAAAGUAUGUGAUAAAAUCGGUCGGUCGGUACAAGGGUACGGCGGGGGAUUCGUUUUCCUCGCAUCGGGACGAAAAGUUUUCCACGCACGAUCAGGACAACGACAAGCAUACGGCCAACUGUGCUCAGUGGGCUAGCGGAGGGUGGUGGUUUUACAAGUGUCAUAAAAGUUAUUUGAAUGGUGCAUACUUUACCGGAAAACACAUCCAGCCGGCGGGCAUUAUGUGGACCCACUUCCGAGGAACAACGUCACUGAAGAGCUCCAGAAUGAUGGUACGACCAGCUGAGUGAGCGCAAACAGUUAGCGGAAAACAGAUCUUAACGUUAAGUAGUUCGUAGUUUGUUAUUUCAAAUAUAGUCAUCCACUUGUGCA